AUGGCAAAUCGUCGCGUGCCGCUGGCGAGUUUGCAGAAUGCCACCAACUCGCCCAUACGCGCUCCUGUUGCCGGAGGAAAGCGUCAGCGCUCACACGCGAGCGAGCAGCGCGACAUGACCUACGGCCAGCCUCCACAGAAAAAGCAGAUGAUCGAGGUUGACGACGCUGAGGCUCGCCGUCAUGGACUUGUUCGUCGCAGCAAUGCCCCUACUACGGCCCUGACUAGGAAGCUCGAAGCUGCCCGUGAGAAUAAACCACCGCCCAAGCAGGCUGAGAAGGCACAGCGGGUUACCAACGACCUUGAGACUAUCCGUCAAUGGCAAAGACACUACCGCAAGCUGUUCCCGCAGUUCAUCUUCUACUUCGACAGCGUCCAGGAGCCACAGAAGGAUAAGCUCAUGAGUCGAGCUCGCAUCCUUGGCUCGAAUGAGGUUACUUUCUUCUCUCGUGAAACGACUCAUGUCAUCACGACGCGUCCUAUUCCGGCCGAACUCGAUACCAGCUCGUCCUCUCUCGCAAAGGGUACCGUCAACCCCGCCCAGUUGGAGAACAAGAAGUCUGUCUUCGACACCGCACUCUCAAAGUCUUGUACAGGUCGCCCCGAUAUACUCAUCAAGGCUAGGGAGCUGGGCAUGAAGAUAUGGUCGGUGGAGAAGCUUCAGCGUAUGAUCGACACCAUGUUCAGCAAAGAGACGGGAGAAGACAUUCAGUACACGACGCGUUAUUCUACUGCUACUGGACAGAAGGGCCGCCAGGCGGACUUGCAAAGGCUGUUGCAAAAUGAAAAGUUGGAUCGAGACUAUGUCAUUGGUGCUCAGGACAUGGUACAGUUACGCGGCUACUAUGUGUAUGUACACGACAUGGAUGAGGUCACGCGGCCUGUCAUGAUCAGAGAGUACCAGAAAGUUGAGAAAGAGAAGGGCAAGUGGCCGCAAUUUCGUGCCUCGGGAAAUGGCAAGUGCCCCUUCGUGGAGGACCCUCACUUCGGGCGUCGCCAGCAGGAAGAGCAUGACGAACGCCGCGCACAGAGGGCUUUGGCGGCAGCUCCGCGUACGCGCGCCGCGUCAGCUAUGGAAGAGAGGCGUGCCUUGGGCGAGAACAACAAUCUAGCCCGACGGGAGACUGCCCCUGCUGUGACCAGGAAGGAAGGUCAAGAGGACGACGCGAAACCCUUGGACCCACCCAAAGGCCCGCCCUUGAAGCGCACCUCUACCGAAGGUCCCCCGCCGAUGUUCGGCAGUGCCCAGGCGAGCAUACGAGCAAUGCCCCGUUUCAUUGGAGGAGAGCCUGUGGCAUCAGGCCUACAUCAAUCCAACAUGACGUCUGCUAUUCAGUCGCAGAUGAUCUCGUCGACGGCGGCCGCACCUCGUGCUGGUAACAGCAAAGAAGUGAACCAAUUGCAGCGGAAGGUUCUGGAGAAGAACAGCGUUACGUCAGCCAACAGUGCCUACUCAUCUGUCAUGAACGAUGUACGCGGUCCCCCGAAUCCGGAUCAUGCCCAGCCAAUGCGUGCUGCGAAGCGCAAGGCUCAAGAGAGCCUGAAUCAAGCACAAGAGAUUGCCGAGCAGGAAAGACAAGCCCGCAAAAUGGCAGCCCUGCGUAGACGCAAGACUGCUGAAAAGGAGCUGAAGCCUGGUUACUGCGAGAACUGCAGGGAGAAGUUCAACGACUUCGACGAGCAUUGUGUCACUCGCAAACACCGUAAGUUUGCCGUCACAAACGAGAACUGGGUAGAGCUUGAUGCGCUACUUGCUCAACUCGAUCGUCAAUGA